AUGAGCGGCACGAUCCACGUGAAGGUGCUGCGGGCCGCGAACCUGCCGCGGAUGGACUUUGGCAAACGUCAGGAUCCAUUUGUGCUGGUGCAGCUGGACAAGUCCAAGCCCAAGUCGUGGGCGAGCACGGACCCUGUUUUCCACGGCAAUACGGACCCCGAGUGGAAGGAGGGGUCGAACAAUGAAGUGGAGCUCUUUUACGACCACAGUGUGCAUGGCGAAGAGGCAGUGACGUUGACGCUGGAGGUCUACGCGACGGAAUCGGGGGACGUGCUCAUUGGCUCGGGCCAAUUGGACGUCUCGGACCUCGUGCACAAGCACAGCACUGAGCCGCAGCAAAAGACUGUCAAGCUGAGCGAUAAUCGAGGGGAAGUGGUGGUCCAAGUGUGGUUUGGACCGCCAGUACGCAAAGCUUUUCGCGCCGCGGGACGCACGACCAAGUUGCUGUAUGCGCGGGACGCAGUCGUGGCCGCGUUCUGCUCGAUGACGUCGUCGAUUGGCCGUGUGGUGUCGCGGUACGUCCAGCCGCCGGCGGACUUCGCCAAGAGCCACCGCAAGCUGAGCGUGGCCGUCGCUGCGCUGCUGGGGAUCAUGGGCGCCGGAGCAGGCGCUGUGUUUCUCGCCGUGGCGGUGCCGACGAUGCUCGUGGCGUUCUUUACGUUCCCGCUCUGGAUCAUCCCGUUCCUGGUGACGACCUUCUUUACGGCUCCGCUGUGGGUGCCGAUUCUGCUGUUGGCCGGCGCGUUCCUGCUGUUUAUCGCCACGUUUGUCUUUGGUCUCGGCGUCACGUCGCAUCCCGUGCGUCGCAAAGGCGCUAUGAUCUCGAACAAGAUCAAGCACUCGGACGUUGGGAAGCGCGUGAUUUAUGAGAAGACGGUUUGA